AUGAUCGCUGUAGUGAGCAAGUCCUCGCCGGUGGUGGUCGUCGGGCAGUCCGAGCAAGCGACACCGGCCAACAUUAUCAAUCUCUCCUCAUUCGACAAUUGUUUCGUUCCUUUUUCGACUGCGGCUCUCCUUUUGUUCGACCAGCCAAUCGACGACACGAUCGAGACCAUCAAGAAGGCCUUGUCGCAGGCACUGGUGCACUACCACCCUAUGGCUGGGCGACUCGCCACCGGAUCUGACGGAGAGCUCCACAUCGCAUGUACCGGUGAAGGCGUCUCGUUCGUGGCCGCGUCGGCCAGCUGCUCCCUGGACGAACUAUCUACCUCGUCGCCUCUGCUCCUCAAGGAUCUCACCCUUCGUUAUCCUGGUGAGUAUUGCUGCCUCAACGACGCCCUUCUGCUGAUGCAGGUGACCGAGUUCUCCUGCGGCGGGUUCGCGGUCGGGGUGACAUGGAACCACCUCAUUGCCGACGGAGUGGGGAUGGCGCAGUUCCUCCAGGCCAUCGGCGAGCUUGCCCGCGGGACGCCGGCCCCGUCCGUCGUUCCCGUGAGGUUCGACGGCUCGCUCCCGUGCCUCCCGCAGCCGAUGGUCGCCUGGCUGAGGUCCCAGAUGCGCAUCGAAACAGACGAAAUGGCCAGCCUCGAUGUGACCAUCUCCUCGACCUCCAUCAGCCGUGUCAAAGCCGAGUGCGGCGACUGCACGACGUUUGAAGCCGUGGCCGCGAUGCUGUGGCGAUGCCGCACCCGCGCGACCAUGUCCGACAGCGAGGCCCCCGCGCUGCUCGUCUUCCUGAGCAACGUGCGUGAGGUCGUCGGCGCGAAGGAUGGGUUCUACGGCAACUGCCUCACCAUGCAGUUUGUCCAAGCGACGAGCGGCACGGUGGCCAACAGCGACAUCAAGGACUUGGUGAAGCUCAUCAGGCUUGCCAAGGAGAAGAUACCGGACCUGUACAAGAAUGUGGGCAGUAGUGAUGAGCAGCAGCAGGUGCCGCCAAGUUACAACAUACUCACCAUUUCAAGCUGGCGGAACCUUGGGUUCGACGCGGUGGAUUUCGGGAGUGGGAAGCCCGCACGGGUCAUGUGGCAGGGAGAAAAGACGGUGGCUUUGUUCUGCUACCUUUGCCCGCCGUGCAAGGGGAAGUACGGCCUCAACGUAAUUUCUCUAUGCGUCAAGCCGGAACACGCCGACGCCUUCCUAGGGGAGCUUGCUGCCCUAGACAUAUAA